UCGGAGCGCGAGAGAAAAUUGACACAGCAGCCGCAGGGGCGCCAGAUGAGUUCCAGGCGUGCGGAGGUGUCAUCUGGACGGGCGUCAUGCAGCAGCUCUUCCUCCUCGCUCUCUUCCUGGCGGUGACGGGACAGCUCUGCGCUCGGGCCGCCGAGACCGAUGUCUUCAGCAGCACGGCUUGCAGCUUCCCAUGUGAGGAUGGGGGCCGGGUGCCACUGGGCAUGAGGUGCGACGGGAAGCCCGAUUGCGCAGACGGCAGCGACGAGAGCCACUGCGGCUCUGGAAACGUCUCGUGCGCGCCUGACGAAUGGCAGUGUGGCGGCAGGGGCCCCUGCCUGCCCUCGGAGCAGUUCUGCGAUUGCUAUCUAGACUGCCCGGACAGCUCUGACGCAUUGGCCAAGGACUGUGAGUUCCAGACGGCCCAGCCCAAACUGGCCCUCUCUUCCUCGGCCUGCUCUGAAAAUGAGUUCCAGUGCACUCCAGGUGCUGCCUGUUUCCCCCUGGAGUGGAGGUGUGACGGCCAUGCGGAUUGCAUCGAUGAGCAGGACGAACAGAACUGUGGCUUAGAUUUGCUGCCGUCUUCAGUGGCAACUAAACCUGAGAGCAAGACCUUUCCUGCAAAGGAACCUCGAGGAAGUCUCAGGGAUCCCAUCUAUUUGGCAGUGAUUGCCAUCACGGCACUGCUGAUUGCGAUAGCGGCGGGGGUCGGCGUUGCCCUGUGGGAGUGCCGGAGAGCAAAGUCUCGCUCCUCCAGCUACAAGCUAGCAGACUGGGUUGCAGCCUGAGCGGAUGCGAAGAUUCUCCACCCUGAGCGUUUGAUGCCAUCCCUUCAUACGGAAUGUCCUCCGCCUGAACAAGAUGGAGUCUCCAGUCCCAGAUAGUUGUACCUGCUUCCCCAGCGACAGUCUCCACUGAAAACGUGUCUUCACCCAGGGCAAACGACCCCGUUCCAUACAAGAGGGGCCACGAUCCGUCAAGGGAGUAGGAAACUCUGGGCAGGGAAAGUUCCUGUAUGGACCCCCACGUCUUCCCACCCCAUGCAGCUGGACCUCCUCAUCCCCCUCCCCUUUUGGUCCCUGAAU